CUAUCGAUCGCCUCCCGAAGCUGGUUUUCCGAACGCCGAACCAAAAAGUAAACUUAACCUAGUGGCAGUUAUGUUCUGCUUUUGACAGAAACAGUAAAACUUUGUUUUGUACUUGUUGUAUGAGAUUGGACACCAUGACAGUGUAAACCUCAACACAUUUUGGCAGUGAGAAACAAGACGGCGGCACGUUUCUCAACUGUGAAAUGGAGUUACUAAACAAUCAACCUGCUGGACAACCAGACACUGUGUUGUGGUUUGUGUUCCUUUUAGAUCCUGAUUCCCUUGAAACUCAUUUAAAACAGGAUGAUGCAGAUCCCACUCCAACGGAACUUAUUUGUAAAUUUCUUACGAAUAGUCAAGCUCUUAACGAAGCAGCUCCCAGGAGUAGAAAAAACCUUGCCCUGAAGAUUCUUUCAUUGAAGGUCGCAGCUCAUCUGAAAUGGGAUAUGUCAAUUUUAUUAGAAAGAUUGCCUUUGAAUAUGCAGUACAUUCUUCUCAAAGAUCUUUUGUAUAUGUCAAGACAAGAAGAGGCAGAUCCAUCCACUGAUACGUCUUUGGAUUUCAAUGAAGUAUCUCCCCAGACACUUUUUUCUGUUGUUCUUUUCCACCGGUGGGUCUUGUGUGCUCUGGUGAAACAAAACAUUUCUUUUAAUAGUACACAGAAUGGAAACAGCAACCUUAAUACAGGCCGAACACCAGCUGGAGUUGCUCCAAACGGUGCCGCCUCAUCCGAGAUAUCACCGGAGGAUGUUCUACGUCUUUUGGAGAAGCAAGCACCAGGGAGUGUUGACGUUUUACAUAGGGCUGUUGCUUCUCAACCCCCAUCUAUAUCCAUUCCCACUUUUAAAACAUUCAAACCAUUGACAGAAGAUAAUGGAGAUAUUGAUUUGCUGUGGGAUACAUGUGAACAACUUACCCUUGAUGAAUUUCGAUGUCAAUUGCACUAUGAUCUUGGAGUAUACUUUAUGUUCAAACAAGAAAUAACCAUAGCAAGAGAACAUUUCACCUCAUGUGAUCUAUUACUUAGUCAAUGCACAGGCAUGUCAAUUUACCGCAGUGUGUCGAGAGUUAAACUAGAUGGUUAUCGAAUAGCUUGUGGGGUGUACACCCCACCAUCCCAAUCAGCUUUGUUGUGUCAAUUCCAUGCUUCAAUCAAGCAACAUUAUAUGGGCAUAGUUAAUAUUUUGGUGCAAGAUAAUAAAUCUCUAGAGAUUCCAAUGGUUCAUAGGGAGCAUCUUGAGUUGGAUAUUCAAGGUGCUGUGCAAAGUGGUACUUUCACUGUUGCAAGAGAUCUGCUAAUUCAAAUUCAAUGUUUAAAUGUGGCAAGACGCCUUAUGGGUGGGCAUUUAAUAUGUCAGGAUUAUUCACAUCAUAUUCGUGUGGCUGGUCCAAAGGGGGCAGACUUUCUUCUUUCUUUUUUAAAGCCACUUUUGAGUGAGUCCACAAAUUUGGCUUUUAAAAGUGAUGAUAUUGCUCGAAAAUUUAGAGUCAAAACGUUUCUUCGAGGGUUACUAGAAGCAGGAAAUCAAUCAGCACUUGUCAAAGCUAUAUUUGACUCUCCAGAAUUUGGUGCUCUUUUUGAGCCCAAUGAACUCAGUCAACUCAGUGGAAAGAGUGUUGAUAUUUCCAUACCUGCUAUGCUGUCUUCCAGUUCCUGGGACAUUCCAGAUUUAGGACCAAGGCGUAAUCCACGUUUGGAAAUGGGAGCUUUGGAACAACAACUUAUUCAAUCAUAUGAUCCUGAGGAAAUACGUCAAUUGUUGUCAAAACUCUCUAGCAUGCCAUCUGUUAAAUCUCAGGGUAAAGCUAUUUGGCAUGUGAACAGUAAGUGGGAAUUGCCUAUCCCAGUGCACAGUGUAGUAAUGAAUUUACCGAAAGGAUUUGUUCAAGAGUUUUGCUAUAUUCUUUUGGCUAAAGCCCAUGAACUGGCAUCUGUUCAGGAAUACUCCUUGGCUUUGAGAAUGUAUGCCAUUGUUGAAGAGGAACUGAGAAAAGGUCACAGUAUUCCCUCUGUCGUAAAAUUAAUUCGGCUUUGUGGGUGGGAGGCUUUGGUUGUAGAAAUAACUCAGUUUCUUGAUGAAUGGCCUGCUCACAACUCACGCUCAAUUGAACUUGCAGAAGCCUGCAAGGCCUGCCUUUCAGCUAGACAAGCUGGAGAAGCACUCAUUCCUCGCUUGGAGGUUGUGGAACGAUGUGUUGUAAUGCUUUUGAAUGUCAGUCCAUCUUUAUCUUCUGUUGGUUCACCACUUGAUUUCCUAACAAAGCUAGACAGACAUUGUGUUCAUGUUGAACUAGCUGCUGCAUUUGCUUAUGCCUGUCAAGAUAUCAUACGUCAGAAAGGUGGUCGGCAUGUUUCACGGGAUGCUUGGGAUCUUGUUUUGCCAGUGUUUCUUAGAGAGACUACCAAACGUACAAGUUCAGGGAUUCCUAUUCAUCAUUCCCAUAGAGACUCCCCAGUAAGCUCUGGGGGACUCAACUCAUCAACCUUGUGGGCGUUUCUUUCUCAACUCAGAGAUCCCACCAUGAUCACAUUAGCUUUGUCAUUACUUGCUCGAAUACAUAAUGUGCUUCGAGAUGAUUCAAAGUUUGAUAUAAAUGUUGACUAUGUCAAUCUUUGGCCAGCCUCUAUUAGUGGUCCCAACUCAUAUGCUAGUAAAGGAGUUGCUGAGAUGCUGUACCAGCUUUUAGCCCAUGCCCUAAAAUAUAAUCCUAUCCAUGUAGGCUGGCUUAAAGUUCAAGGAGACCUCAAUUUCGUCAUGAAUCACUUAUCAUCAGCUUUGAAAUCGUACUUAGAAGCAGCAAUAGCUGCCACAGAUUUCUUUAGUCAACCUUUACAGAGAAUGCAAAUUGAUGAUCAUGUUAUACGCCGCAUGAUAAAAUGCUGUUCAUUGCUUCAGUGCCAUACUCAAGCAGCAGUUCUUUGUCAAUUUUUAGAAGAAAUUGACUACACUACAGCUUUUAAGUGCAUUGGUGAAACUAAGGGUGGAAGUUGUGCAGAUGCUAUGGAUUCGUACUAUGAAUGUGUAUGGGAUACAACCCUGCUGGAAUACCUAAUACAUCUCCAUACUAAAAGAGGAGAAACCCACCGGAAGCAACUUGCUAUCCAAACAAUUGGUCUACUCGAAUUAAACUCUAACAAUAAUGAAGAAAUUCAACGGGAGGCAGUUAAUAUUCGGAAGGCAAAAUUUCUGAGAGCAUUAGCUCAUCAAUAUGUUUGUUGAUAUAUGCAACUAUAAUUUUAUAUCUUAAUAAAAUCAAAAGAAAGUUUAAGUAUGUCAUGAGGAAAAUGAAUUCAAAGAUAAAUAAAUACAUGUCCUGCAA